AUGACGACGACGGCAGCGGCAACCACGAGACUGACGUUUCUGUAUCCCCACCUGCUGCGGGCUGCCGGGGCACCUGCGACGCCGAGCGCCGGGGCGGCCAGAUGGAUGGCGACGACGAGAGCAAAGAGCUCGUUUGCGCCGAGGCACGGCAAGGCCGUCGAGCCGACCUGGGCCAAGACCCCGCAAGACGAGCAGCCGCAGCAGCCGCGGCCGGGCGAGGCCGUCAGCCCGGCUGCUCAGCGGGCCCCCGGCGGCGCGGAACCGGCCGAGCUGCCGAGGGAGACGAGCGGGGGCGGCGACCCUGAGCGCCAACAGGCGCCGCAGCAAGCCCAGGCAGCUCCGUCGCCGGCGCAGUCGCAGGGAGCCGCGGGUUCGGGUCCGGGCUGGGGCUCGGGCUCGGGCUCCAGCUCGCCGGGGACCACCAAGGCCGCAGACCGACAGGCCGAGCCGGCCGCCGCCGCUGCUGCUGCUGCUACCCACGACGACGCCCCGGCCACGCCCUCGCUCGACGCUGUGCUUCACAUGCCGUCUCCCGAGCAGGUCGAGCACCCGCACAUGACGCCGCCGCCGUACGUCCACCACUUCGACAGCUACUCGCUGGUCAAGCAGCUCGAGGGCGGCGGAUACACCCACGACCAAGCCGUCUCGUCCAUGAAGGCUAUCCGCAGGAUACUCGGGGGCAACCUGGACGUCGCGCAGAAGAGCCUGGUGAGCAAGAGCGACGUUGAGAAUGAAUCGUAUCUCUUUCGCGCGGCCUGCUCGGAGCUGAGCACGGAAAUCAAGAACAACCGCCGGCUGCAGGACGAGCAGAUGCGGCAGCAGCGGACGCACCUGCAGCACGAGGUCGACAUUCUCACGCAGACUCUCAACCAGGAGCUGCUGACGCUCAACGACAGCGUGCGCGGCCUGUUCAACGACCGGAACAUGGCCGUCCGGGAGGAGCAAAAGGCCCUCGAGAGCGCGAUCCAGCAAAUCAACUACAAGAUGAGCAUCCUCCUCAGCAGCGACAGCAAGUCGGAGAUCGAGGGCGUCAGGUGGGUGCUGAUACGGCGGUCCGUGGUCGGGCUGGUGUUCCUGGCCAUUCUGACCCUGGGCAUGAUUCGGUACACGACGUAUCUGGCGCAGCAGAGGAAGAAGGAGGCGGAGCGGGGGCGCAAGGAGCGCGAGAGGUUGAGGAGAGACGGGGGGAGGACGGACAACAGCGCGCCGGCGGACGCGGCCAUGAUUUUGUCGGCCAGCUGA